AUUAAUUAACGCGGAAAGGGCACCGUCGACGUUCCCAAGCUGAGAAGAGGAUUAGUUUAGAAACGUUUGCAUAAAGCCCUUUGGGGCUGACCAGGGAGGAGUUAAACUGAUUUCUCUCUGAUUGAGAGAGGACAGCAAAUAGGAAACUUAUAAAGGUUGUGCAACGUGCGACCGGAGAACACAGGAAUCUGAGUGGCGUGGACACUGCAAAUUCGAAGCGUUUCGUGGAAGUACAGUUGUAGACCGACAUACAAAGUUGCAUAGGUGCUAUUAAAAUAAAAAUGCGGUAGCGCUUCAGCGAUUUCAAUAAUAACUGGUUCGUUGGCACAGACUAAACGAUUAGUCGUAGAGAGACGAAAAGGCGGUAUAUAUUUUUAUUAUUAUAGUAAUCUACUGUAAUUAAAUAAUCGAAAAUGGCAAAACCAAAUUACACCGGAACGUUUCAUUUGGUUUCUCAAGAAAACAUGGACCCUUACCUCGCAGCUUUGGAUAUCAACUUUGCUUUGCGCAAGAUUGUGUGCCUGCUGAAACCCACCAAACAAAUCAGUCACGAUCCUGCGACCGGGGACGUCAAGAUCCGCACCAUCACCACCUUCAAGAACUUUGACAUGGAUUUCAAACUGGGCCAGACCUUCACAGAGGACCUGGGCCCCGUGGAUGGACGUGUUUGUCAGACCACAGUGGACUGGCAAGGAGACAAGCUGUUGUGUGUGCAGAAAGGAGAGAAGGAGGGGAGAGGAUGGACACACUGGCUGGAGGGCAACAUGCUGCAUCUGGAGAUGAGAGUUCAAGAUGUGAUUGCCAAGCAAGUCUUCAAGAAAGCUGAGUAAAGUGGUUUGAAACAGUUACAUUAAACUCUAAUGUUUCUCAUUCAAAUACAGGCUUGUACUCUGUAAGUGCCAUAGUUUUUUAAUAUAAUCAUUUUCAAACAUAACUUGGACAGAAUUACACUAAAUUGAAGACCUAUGAGUUAAAAUCUUGUGUAUCAAAAACGGUACUUUUCUUGACAUGUUAUUUCACGUAUGUAAAGUUAGUUACUUACUCAGAAUAUUGCACGUUUAUGUAACAGAUUGAGAGCGAUGGGUACAAAGCAGAAUGCAAUGUGUAAACAUUACCAAUGCAUGUACUGCUAUUGCACUAUAAUGGUUCCAAUGGUGAAUGUCUUCUUGUUGUACUGUAAGUGUACCAGCUGUACAUUGAAAUAAACCAUAUCUUGCUCGAUGCUAGAAAACAGCUAUA